AUGUCGGCUGCCAAGAAGAAUACCAAAGGUCCCUUGGAUGUAAUUUAUUAUAGAGAACCAGAGGAAACUUUGAAAAAAGGAAAGCAAACAAGUUUGAAUGAAGCUUGUGAUAAGAAAGCAAGAGCAUGUUAUUGCCAAUACAUAGCUCGUUUCUUUUAUCGGAAUGGAAUUGUUUUCAAUGUUGCAAAUUCAAAAAGUUUCAAAUUGAUGGUUGAACCAAUUGGUAUGUAUGGUGCACAUUUGAAGCCUCCAAGCUAUUAUGAGUUGAGAGUUCCACUACUUCAAUAUGAGUUAAAACUUACACAUGAGAUGUUGAGUACCAAUAAGCAAGAACAACUAGUUACUGAUAAUGUAAGCAAUUAUGUCUUGGACGGUAAACAUCUUCAAGUAUCGAGGCCAAAAAUAUUUUGGACUCCAUUUGUUGUUCACUCUCUAGACUUGAUGCUAGAAGAGAAAUUAGAAAGUGAGUUAGUUAGAAGUGGAGUCACAAGGUUUGCGACAAACUUUCUUACUUUGCAUAGGUUGCAGACUUUAAAUGCAAAAUUUAGAACCAUGUUCACUUCUGAAGAAUGGUUGAACUUGAAUGCAAGUAAGGAGGUGAAAGGAAAGAAAGCAUCUGUUAUAGUACUUCAAGUCUCAUUUUGGGAGGAUAUUGUGUACACUCUUAAAGCUAUGGGGACUCUUGUAAAAGUACGUAGGCUUGUUGAUCAUGAAAAGAAGUCGACAAUGAGUAACAUCUAUCAUGCAAUGUUGGAAGCCAAUGAGUUAAUUACAAAAAACUUCAACAACAAUGAAAACAAGUAUAAAGAUAUCAUUGAUAUUGUUGAUAGCAGAUGGAGUAUUCAACUUCAUCAUCCAUUACACGCAGCUGGAUAUUAUCUUAAUCUGAAGCACUUUUAUAGCAAUCCAAUGAUUGAGAAUGACGAUAAGUUGUUGGAUGGCCUUUAUGCAUGCAUUGAUAAGCUUUAUGCAAGUGUUUGA